AUGAAUAGCAACAACGGAAGCAAUCAAAAUACACAUACGGUGUCCAACUUAUCUGCUGGGCUCAAAUCAGUGUCGCUCAGUGAUCAACAACAAAAUGAAUUGAAUCAUAAUUUAUUGCAACAAAUGCAGGAUAGUUCUUCAUCACAGGAACAACAACAACAACAACAAUCAAGAAUAAGCCAAUUUUUUCAAAAUCAACCACAUGAAGGAUACACCUUGUUUUCACACAGAUCUGCACCCAAUGGGUUCAAAGUAGCUAUAAUCUUAUCAGAGUUGAACUUGCCAUUCAAUACAAUUUUCUUAGACUUUAACAAUGGAGAACAACGUGCACCUGAAUUUGUUACAAUAAAUCCAAACGCUAGAGUUCCUGCAUUGAUUGACCACUACAAUGAAAAUGUAUCAAUAUGGGAAUCUGGUGCCAUUAUAUUAUACCUUGUUUCAAAAUACAUGAAGGAAAAUAACGAAUGCAGUUUAUGGAGUGAUAACCUUGUUGAGCAAAGUCAGAUAAAUUCAUGGCUAUUUUUUCAAACAAGUGGACAUGCACCUAUGAUUGGACAAGCUUUGCAUUUUAGAUAUUUCCAUUCAAGUCCUGUCCCUAGUGCAGUAGAGAGGUACACCGAUGAAGUGAGGCGAGUUUACGGAGUCGUGGAAAUGGCAUUAGCAGAAAGACGAGAGGCUCUAAUAAUGGAUUUGGAUGUGGAAAAUGCAGCCGCGUAUAGUGCAGGUACCACGCCAUUAUCGCAAUCGAGGUAUUUUGACUACCCCGUGUGGCUAGUGGGGGAUAGAGCUACUAUUGCCGAUUUAUCAUUUGUACCAUGGAAUAAUGUCGUUGAUAGAAUAGGAAUAAAUCUUAAAGUGGAGUUUCCAGAAGUUUACAAAUGGACAAAGUACAUGAUGAGAAGACCAGCUGUUAUUAGAGCGUUGCGUGGAGACUAG